UUUCCUCAAUUUAUGAGAAAAAAAUGCAAAUGCUGAGUGUUGACUUGAUUUACUAUUGACUUCAUCUUCAUAUCAUUGAUCUAUUAGAAUCAUAAAAUUCUCAAGAAUUCACUGCAUUACAAGUUUCUUCCUUUCUUUUGCUAUUUUAUAUCAAAACAAUUCUUCUCUUCUUUACACCUCUUAUACCUCCUUUCAACUUUCUCACUCACACAACCACCAUGAGCCUUACUCAAUCAUUUAGCAGUGGAAUUGUACAAGCACCCUUUGUCACAAGCUCUCGUCUUCUCCGAAAAACAUGGGGUGUUAUCUCGUCAGGUGAUGAAGAUGUGGUUCCCCACGUGGGGAAGGGAUUGGUCUGGAAAGUUUGUGAGGAGUCGGAUUUGACGGUUUUGGUGUUUGACGUCAAGAAUGAUUUUGAUCUUCAACAGAAUUUGGUUUCUUCUACCUAUCUCAAGGAGAACAAUAAUUUCCACCGCUUUGAGUUUCUAUGUACGAAGAAAAUUCCAGAGUUCUCUGUUAACUGGUCUGCUGUUUCGUUAUUCAUUGACAAUCUUGAGAAGCUUGAUGAGUUGAAGUCCAAGAUUAAUAGCUCCCAUCCACUGAUUGUUACUGGACAUGGUGUUGGAGGAGCAAUAGCUUCUCUCUUUACAGUGUUGCUUUUAGAAAGCAUUGGUUCAGGAAAGAAACGUCUUCUCUGCAUCACCUUUGGUUCUCCCCUUAUUGGUGACAAAAAGUUGCAGGAAGCCAUAGCACAAAGUUCUACGUGGAGUUCUUGCUUUUUACAUGUUGUCUCUUGCAAAAACUCACUUACUAAGAAGUUGAUUCCCCACCCAACUGAUUACAUGCCUUUUGGUACAUUUCUCUUCUGUUCUGAUACAGGUGCUACUUGUUUUGGGAACCCCGAGUCUGUUUUGGAGCUUCUUGUGAGCUUAAUCAAUGAUCAAAGUCAAGGUUUUGAGGUCGUAGAUUAUGGAAAACUUGUUGAAAAUCUAUAUCGUAAAGCAAUUUGCAAGGACUUGAUCCCACGGGGGCUGUACUUGACAGAUUCUACUUCACUGAAUGCAAGUAUCCGUUUGCAGUUGUGUGCAGCACUAGGAUUGACAUCUGAUAUGCAGCAGCUACAACAUCAAAAUACUGAUAUAAACGCUUUGGCAACAAAGUUGGAAGAACUGGAGAAAUUCAUGUCCCAGAAGAAGGUGAAAUUUGAUCCAUCCAAGACAUUGAAUAUGAAGAAGAUAGACAUGGCAAAUCUUGAAUGGUACAAGAAGUAUUGUAAAAGUCAAGGAAUUGGGUACUAUGACUGCUUCAAAAAGGAGACCAAAAAGGACACCUCAAAAGUGGACACCUCAUCAACAGUUUCCCAAGAUGUUAUUCUGCCGCAGAAAAGCCUCAGAAACUACUGGAUUGACAUGGUUGAAGAGGCAGAGAGGAAACCUCAGACAGAAGCUGCAGCCUUUCGUACUCGCUGGCUUUUUGCUGGAACUAACUACAGGAGAAUGGUUGAGCCCCUAUACAUUGCUGAAUACUAUGCAGAUGGUCUUAGUAAGGACUAUGAGGCUAAAGGAAGGUCUAGACAUUAUGUAGUGUUGGAGAAGUGGCUGGAAGAAGAUAAGAAAGAAAAAGGUGAUUCAAAGGGCAAAACUAAAAAGAAUGUGGAAUUGAUUUUAACCUUUGAUUCUUGCUUUUGGGCAAAGCUUGAAGAGGCUCUCCUUUUGUGUGGACAGUUGGAUGAUUUGAAAGAGAAUGUAGAGGCAAAAGGGAAGUUGCUUGAAUUUGAGAACUAUGUUUAUGAAUCACUCAAAAAGUAUGAAGUGUCACCAGAGAUUUUCUUGAAGGGAAGCAGUUACAUGACUUGGUGGAACAAGUAUAAAGAGUCUGCAGAUAAUCAUAGACUAGCAAGCUUCAUGAGCAAUCGUCAGCAUUUUGAUCAGUAUACUGAGGGAGCCUAUUCCUUCCCCUGAAGUGCAGUGAAUGCAAGUGUGGUUGUACAAUAAAUUAUGAUUUAAUCAUUCCACAUUCCCUUUGUUGAUUUGGUAGGGAUCCUGGUUUUGCCAUCCCUUGUGCUGUGUUUGUUCUAUUGGAAACUCUUGCAAUUGUGUUUCCCUUGUAAGGUUUCAUUCUCAUUGUUCUGGAAAAUUUGAAUGCAAUGGAAGCAUUGUAACGCUCUAACCUACUUUGGGGUUACAUUAUUACUAAUCACUAACAUAAAUAGAUAAUUGAUGAGUCUCGGAUUUGUAGAGUUUUCUUAGGCUAAUUUUGUCUCCUUGAGAUUUACUUUGGUUCGAUACAAGUUAUAUUGUGUUUCAAUAC